AGCAGCAGCAGCAGAGCCAGCAAAAAUCAGCUUAUAAACCGGUUCGCAUCAAAUUUUCGCUCCACGCUCCAUCCGCUGUGGCUGGAUCUGCGCACCAAACGCGAUCAGUUUCGUUUGGGACUUGCACCUGACGACAAGCAUCAUUCCGUCCCGUGUCGGUCGAUCAUCAUGAUGGAGCGAACGUUGUUCGUCGUUCUUACCGUGAUUGCACUCUCCUUCGGUCAACAAGACCCGGCCGUCGCCGUCCGCAAGUCUUUCACCGAGAACGAAAUCGUGCCGGAUGUGAUCAAGCGAGCACCUGGCGCCUUGGUGAAAGUAACGUACCCAUCCGGGGCGGAGGUCAACCUGGGCAAUGAACUUACGCCGACGCAGGUCAAAGACGAACCGACGGUCAGCUGGAAGGCGGAUCCGGGCGCUCUGUACACGCUGGUCAUGACCGAUCCGGAUGCGCCGACCCGAGCCACUCCGAAGAUGCGCGAGUGGAAGCACUGGGUGGUGAUCAAUGUGCCCGGAUCGGAUGUGGCCGCCGGGGAAACCGUUGCGGAGUACAUCGGGUCGGCUCCACCGGAAAACUCCGGCCUGCAUCGGUACGUGUUUCUGGUGUACAAGCAAAGCAGAGGCCGAAUGCGGUGGAGUGAGCCGAAGCUGAGCAACCGCAACCCGAACCGGGCAAAGUUCCGUGUCAACGAGUUUGCCGAAAAGUAUCAGCUCGGCAGCCCAGUAGCCGGAAACUUCUACCAGGCCACGUACGACGACUACGUUCCACAGGUGUACGCCACGCUCACGGAAACGAAAUGACGACGACGAUGACGGAUGAUGAUGCUUCCGCCGCUUGCGUCCGCUCGCUUCCAGCACGGGCUCCCCGACCCGUCACCAUCACAAUCCAUCACCACCCAGCCCAGCACCACCUGAACACCUUAAUAUUGUUUGGCGACCGGUCUCAGUAUUGCAUUCACAAACACUUACAAUAGUGCCGCUUAUAGUACAACAACCCACUUGUUUUUGGCACCACUUGGCAAUAAAAAUCACACAGUGCACGAAUAAAUAAAAAAUCAUAAUCUAUAAAAGCCAA